AAAAAUCUGCAAAAGUGAUAAGAUAUUAAUCUGCUUAUUUUCUUAUUGCUAAGGUUGGUGAAAUGAUUAUCCGGUACUGGAUUGUAGAUUGCAUAUCUGCGUGACUGUCACUCAUUGUACUGCUCAUACACUACUUGCUUUAUGUGGCCCGCCUGCCUCACUCACUCUCUCACACACACACUUAACUUUUUGCCUCUUACACUUCAGCAAAGCUAAAAAGUGAGCAUGCUGAUUUUUGUCACCUUGGAGUUAACUGAUACAAUUCAACUGACUUAAUGUACAUGAACCUUAACCCCUUUUUUUCUUCUUCUCUCAAAGCUGACCUUAGGCUCCAACAAUGGAACUAUAUGAAAUAAAGUCUUCAGCUUCGCUCAUGUAUGAUGGCUUCAUCCAGAAUGCAGACUCUCGUACGGAGGACUGGCUGUUCAUGUCGUCUCCGGUCAUGCAGAGCGUCAUCAUCAUGGCAUACAUCUUCUUCGUCAUGUCGCUGGGGCCUCGCAUAAUGGAGAAUCGCAAAGCCUUUGACCUUAAGGGGGUUCUGGUGGUGUACAACUUCAGCGUGGUGGCGCUGUCGCUCUACAUGUGCUAUGAGUUUGUCAUGUCGGGAUGGGGAACGGGAUACUCCUUCCAUUGUGACCUCGUCGACUACUCUGAGUCGCCGCAAGCUAUGAGGAUGGCAGCAACGUGCUGGCUGUACUACUUCUCAAAGUUCAUUGAGAUGUUGGACACGAUUUUCUUUGUGCUGAGGAAGAAAAACAGCCAGGUGACAUUUCUUCAUGUGUACCAUCAUUCCAUCAUGCCGUUUACCUGGUGGUUUGGCGUUCGCUUUGCCGCAGGUGGUAUGGGGACUUUCCAUGCCCUGCUCAAUUGCGUUGUCCAUGUCAUCAUGUACUCUUACUACGGUCUGACCGCCCUGGGCCCUAAAUACCAGAAGUACCUGUGGUGGAAGAAAUACCUGACCACCAUUCAGCUGAUCCAGUUUGUCAUGGUGACCACGCACAUCUCUCAGUACUUCUUCAUGCGCGACUGCCCCUACCAGUUUCCCAUCUUCAUCUACAUCAUUGGUCUGUAUGGCCUCAUCUUCCUCUUCCUCUUCCUCAACUUCUGGUACCAUGCCUACACCAAAGGAAAGCGUCUGCCCAAAGUGCUGCAGGCCCAGACGUGGGCCCACCAUACAAACGGCGUCAUGAACGGCAACGCCAACCAUGACAAAGACAAAUAACCGGCAAGCCUGGCACGGAGCUAUUUUGUGGCGGACUGCGCUUUGUUCAGAUCUAGUGUUUUUCUACUGGCAAAAAAAAGACGAUCUUUAAAUUAUGACCAAAGUUAUAUUUAACCCAGUGAAGGGAUUAUUUUGUUGUUGUGUAUUUUAAUGUUGUACCUUGACUGUAAAGUUAAGUGUCACAGGGGAGAGAAAGCAACCAUACUAUGUAGGGCUUUGCCUAUGUAAUGACUGAGACUCCAUGACCCUGCCCUAUGCAGUGCCCCUCCUAAAAAUGCCUUAAGUGAUGGGUGGGACUUGAGUUUUUGUCGCCCCCCCCCACCCCCCUUUCUCAGUGGUUCACUAUAAAAGCUUAAUGUCACGUUGCUUUAAUAGCAGCUCCAAGGCUAUAUUAAUGGUCACAUGCAUGCAGAACAGGGUGUUUAUUUUCAAUUUCAUUUCACACCUCUCCACUUGGAGUCACAAUUCCUGAUGAUAACGGUCCAGAAAAAUGUUCUCAUGAAGCGUGACCCAUUUAUUCCUGGGGAAAAAAGCUGGGAGGCGUUGUCCUGGACCACCAGGUCAUUCCUAUUGGGUGGGGGGGAAAAUGUGCACAGUAGCAGUGUCUUUGGAUCGGUGACUGGAGUGUGUCGUGAUGAUCUUAAAGCGCCAAAGUGAAUAGAAUUGCGCUCCGGUGGUGGAGGGGAGGAUACGAAUACAAGCUGGCUAGUGGUGUGGAAUAGAGAAGAGGUUGACAGAUCGAAUGAUGCAGUUCCUGUUAAGGUCUAAUAGCCUGCUCUCAAUGUAAUUGUUACCCAUUUAUGAAUAAUGUGCUUUUUGAAAAGUGUUUUCUAUUGUUUUAUAUGUAUAAUAAAUGUUGACUAUAUACUU